UUUGUUAUGACCCGAAUAACUUUAAUAAAAUGACUUCCGGAGAUUUAUUUUCCGGAAUGUCAUUUCGCUUAGUUUUACACCAACCUUAGAAUCCUAAUAUUUGAACCGGACUCUGCCUUUAUUGAAUGACAUGGGUCAAGAGGCAUGCGGGCGUUCUAGGAUAUAAGUGAAAAACGUGUAAUAAAGUGACAACAUGACUUCAGUCGUGGAGCCAGCAAUGGCACCUAAACAUAACCAAAUGAAACUCCACACCAUGCAGUUUGCAGCAGGUGGUUGUGCAGGUUUUGUUGAGGUGUCUUUAAUGCACCCUCUUGAUCUUAUAAAAACAAGGUUCCAGAUUCAGAGAGGACCAGAUGAUCCACACCGUUAUACUUCACUCGCAGAUUGCUUUAAGAAAAUGUACAGAAAUGAAGGGGCAUUGUCGUUUUAUAAAGGUAUAUUACCUCCCCUGAUGGCAGAGACACCUAAGCGGGCCGUGAAGUUCUUCACCUUUGAGAGAUAUAAGGAGGCGUUCUCGUCUUUUAAGGCUUUGCCAGAGUCGUCUAUUCUCUUUAUGUCAGGGCUGUGUUCAGGACUUACCGAAGCAGUCAUUAUAAAUCCAUUUGAAGUCGUUAAAGUAAAAUUACAAGCUGAUAGACAUGCUUUUAAGGAGCAAGGCAGCACCCUGGCUACUGCAAGGGAGAUAAUUAAGAAUGACGGGUUUGGACGUCGAGGAAUGAACAAAGGUCUAACCUCCACUUUAGGUCGCCAUGGUGUAUUCAACAUGAUCUACUUUGGCUUUUAUCACAAUGUUCGAGAUUUAUUGCCUCAGGCAGAGACUCAUGGCCUGGAGAUAGCUAGGAAGCUAUUGAUUGGCUUUGUUUCUGGAACGAUAGCUUCGUGUGUCAACAUUCCAUUUGAUGUCGCCAAGAGCAGGAUUCAGGGGCCGCAACCUGUGCCUGGACAGAUCAAAUACAGAACGUGCCUGGCAACUAUAGCAACAGUUUACAGAGAAGAAGGGUAUCUAGCCUUAUAUAAAGGUCUCUUACCAAAAAUAUUGAGAUUAGGACCAGGAGGUGCAAUCAUGUUGCUGGUCAAUGAAUAUGCCUUUGAAUGGAUGAAGGAAAAUCUGUGAUAAUAUAGUGUAAUAUGUUCUCUCAAAAUAUCUAUUUUUUAAAAUGAAAAUGUGUGCCAAAAAUCACUGUACAUUGAAAUCCGGCAGUUAUAUGUACGAGUAUUGUCAUUUUCAGCGAGUAUUGUCAUUUUAGCAUCUUUGUAACCCGAAACUAAUUUACCUUGUGUUUUACUUAUGAAUUAUGAUAUCUGAGUGUGCGGUUUUUUAAUACUCAUGAUUUCGAGCAAUAAACUUCUGACAUUUUACAGAGACAUGCAAUGAUCAAAUCCAGACCAACAUUUUCAAUAAAACAUCAGAUUAUUC